AUGAGCAGAUAUAGUACAACUACAAAGCGAUUUGAAAGAAAAAUGUCAAGUUUAAAUAUCAUAGUACCAAUAAAUCAAAAUACAUCUUCAUCCGAAAUCAACGAAUCAACCGAUAUGGCGACCGUAUCAAAAAACACAUCAUAUAGAUAUAAGAAAAAAAUAAUCAUCAAAACACUUUGCAUAUUAUUAAUUCUAGUUGUGUUAAUUUCAGUAGUAGUUAUUAUUGUAAUAAAAAAGAAUAUUUUCGGCAAAACACUUGUAACAAAAAUUCUGACAACCACAACCACAACCACAACCACAACCACAACCACAACCACAACGUCAACUUCGACCACUACAACAGAAAAUAUGAUUAUCUCCAAUGAUUGUUACUUGAUGACGCUAUCUUAUACGCAUGUCCUUCUCUAUGUUUUCUUGUUUUCUUUUCUCUCCUACAUUUCGUUCUAG